UGAAGCCAACCUAAUUAACAUCUAUAUAGUCAUACCUGGCCAUCUCCCUUUGGUCAAGCGCACUCCUUACACUGACCUCCAGACAUACCUUUAUUUCUAAUGUGUUGUGUAGGUUAUGCUUAGUGUAGCCUUUAUUUAUGCCAUACAUUAAUAAUGUGUUGUGUAGGUUAUGCUUAGUGUAGCCUUUAUGUAUGCCAUACAUUACUACAUUAUUGUUGUCUUCUAAACAGGAUGCACCUGGAGGAGUUCAGCUGGCCACUGCGGGGGCUGCAGCUUCGGUGUGGUUGCCAGCAGAGAUGUAUAAAAACAUCCCUGUCCAAGACCAGAGGUGGAUUUCAAACGCCAUCUUCCACUCUGGCAAACUGCGGCAAGACCUGAAGCUGUGGUACGAGCCCCCUGCCCCAGCCCUCAUCUACCACCAGACACCGACACCAGACCGCUUCUUAAACCACAGGCUGAUGGUGUGGAUGCCCUACCACCUGUGGAAGGUGAGGGUAACCUGCCCUGAGUGUGGGAAGCAGCUGACGGGGUACGGUGUCCACAAGAGGGCUCGGAAGGUCCUGGACAUCGACAGGUAUUACCUGAUGGUGACAGAGACACUCAGGUGCACUGUGUGUUCUGUGAACUACCUGUCCACCUCCGAGACUGUCCGGAAUCAGCUGGACCUGCCGCACCAGAAAAUGUUCCGGAUGAUCCUGACCCGCCAGUACGCCUGUGACAUCCGUGUCAUUCGCCUGCUGCGUGACCGGACUCUCGGGAACAGUCCAGCACGUCUGGUGAAGCAGCUGAAGGAGAACCAUGGGGAGGAAUGGCUGAACAGGUUGGCACACUAUCUUGGGGAGUGUGCUGAGUUUGUUGGCCGGCCAAGCCUCUUCCCAGUGGUGUGCCAGGAUCCCCCAGAGCCCAUUGAUGUGCCCACCAGUCGCUGGCUGCUGACGGUCUAUGGCAGGGACAUCCUCUCUCGCCUGGACCAUAUUAAAGCCAGCAUCACAUCAACGUUUGGCUCCAUCUUAAAGAUGGACUCAACCAAACAGAUCACAAAGAAGCUGGCUGGCCAUGCCAAGGGGACUGGUCUCUGGGUCACCUCCAUUGGGAACGAGGUUGGCCAGAUCGUGACCAGUGUGGUGACAGUGCAGGAGGGGCCAGGACUGGACAGGAUGGUGGCAGGAGUGAUGGAGCGGUACCGCCUUGCAGCUGUCGCACCCCCACUGCUGCUGUAUGUGGACUGUAACUGCUGCAUCAGUGAGGGGUCCACCACGCUGCAGAACAGGUUUGGGGAGUGGCCAGACCUCCAAAUACGGCUGGACAUCUGGCACUUCAUGCGGAGGCUGGCUGUUGGGUGUACCACCGACGCCCAUCCCCUCUACCCCACCUUCAUGAGCUGCCUCUCUGCCUGCAUUUUUGAGUGGGAUGCAGGGGACCUCUCUCUGUUGCAUCAGGCAAAGAGAGAGCAGCUCAGGCAGGAAGGUGUGCCAGCCAUUACUGAUGCUGCGGUGGAUGCCAGGAUCAGUAAGAGGGAGCUGAGCCAGUACUGCCGCAGGAGGACGCGCGGCGUGGAGGCCACCAUCAGCCUCAUUGGGCGGCUGCUGCAGCAACUGGGCGGGACCAAUGGGAAUGACCUGAUGGGGGUGCCACUGCUGGACCAGGUGCGCAUGGAGCACAUCUGGCGUGUGCAGCAACGCCACGUCAGCUGCAUCCAGGACCUGCCUGGUGUGCAGCUCUACACCGAGACCGGCACCAUCAGGAAGGGAGGUGUGGUCCUCACCAGCUACCGCUGUGCCAGGGGGUCCACAUCCCUGGAGUCCUUCCACUGCCACCUGAACAGGUUCAUUCCAGGAACCAGUGCAAAUGCGCUGAAUUUUCAGCUCUACCUCCUGGAAGGCCUGAACAGGUGGAACCAGGACCGGGGGGCGGCGGCGGUGACCAGCAGGCCAUCGUCUCUGCUCACCUACUCCGGGGAUGUGACCCAGAGCGUCAACACCAACAACAUAAAGGUGUUUGGCCGGGCAUAUGUGCCAAACUUCAGGCCACCCUCCAAAUACACCGGAGAGCUGCUUGGUGUUGACUACCUCCUAAGUCAGACUGGGCAGCCCCUGAAGGUCAACCCUGACGCAGAGGAGACGGAGGACAUGCUGGAGGAUGUGGAGGGGGGUGAGGAAGUGGACGAGGGCAUUGAGGAAGACCAUAUACCUGACCUCAUGGUGCCAGGUCUCCUUCAUAACCCAACACAGCCUAUCUUCUCUCUGGCUGCUCCCUCCUCCGUGGCUGCUGCCUCCUCCCAGCCUGCUGCCUCCUCCCAGCCUGCUCCCUCCUCCCUGGCUGCUGUCUCCUCCCUGGCUGCUCCCUCCUCCCUGGCUGCUGCCUCCUCCAUGGCUGCUGCUGCCUCCUGCAUGGCCGCUCCCAUCCAGCCUGCUGCCUCCUCCCUGGCUGCAGAUGUGUCUGGGGCCGUGGAUGAGUCCGGCAUGCCAGGCAUGGACAGGGUGGACAGGCUGGCAAAAUGCCUCGUGGAGCUGCGCAACCAGCCACUACUAACACUCAGCAACCAGCAGGUGGACAAUAUUGUCGGCCUCUGGCAGGAACUGCUUCCCUACGACCAGCAGCGGGUGGUCUUUGCCGCAAGACACCAGCCCAAGCUGGCCACGGGGAGGUUCAGGAGUCCUAAGAAGAGGCAGGAGUUCACGCCGGGGUGGCCAGACUGUUGCCGGCUCGUGGAGAGCAUCUUCGUUAGGCUCUGUGCCAUCCACCGCAGUCCCAAGAAGAAGGGGACUGGCACAGUGUCUAGGUUUGACCUCGUCCUGGAGGACUACCGCCAGAUCAGGCGGCGUAUUCUGGGGUCCGAGGUCAUGCCGAAGACCUCCAUGCAGCUGGUGGACGUGAGCCACACCACCCUGGUCCAGUGGAACAGCAAGAGGGUGCAGAGGCAGGAGACUGCGGUGGUCAUGCAGGGGCUGGACCUGCCCAGUCGACUGUCUGUGGCGGCUGACCCUCUCCCCACAGCCAAAACGCGGGCCGUGUCUGCACCCCCCCAAUCUGGCCCGGCUCACCAGUACCACCUGCCCAGCAGCACCCUCUUCCCUGCUCCAGCUCCAGCUCCAAGUUCAUCUCCGAAGCUGAUGCUGCUGGGACCAGUAGGUGCUCAGGUGCCUGUCCUGAUGGCUGCCCCACAGGCCCUGAGCUACAGCCUCAUGCCUCCUCCUCCUCCUCCUCCUCCUGCUCCUCCAGUCCGCAAACUGACCCGCAGGGUACUACACAACACCUGUAAGCAGUGUAAGGAGUUUAGGACGGCAGAGACUGGACACAGCCAGUAUAAAGGAAAGGUGUACUGCCCAAACAUUGAAACUGUCCCAAAAGAACAGUGGCUGGAGGACAUGAAGAAAAAAAAAUAG